AUGGACAGGGGUAAAAAACAAGAAAAAGCAGACUUCAUGUAUCACAGUUGGAACUCACCUCACCUGGCCUACACCCUCACCUCUCCUGGCCUAAACCUGCACCUCACCUGGCCUACACCCUCACCUCACCUAGCCUACAACCUCAUCUCUCCUACACCCGCAUCUCUCCUGGCCUACACCCGCACCUCACCUGGCCUACACCCUCACCUCUCCUGGCCUACACUCUCACCUCACCUGGCCUACAUUCUCAUCUCUCCUGCCCUACACCCUACCUCACCCGCACCUCACCUGGCCUACACCCUCACCUCUCCUGGCCUACAGCCUCAUCUCUCCUGGCCUACACCCGCACCUCUCCUGGCCUACACCCUCACCUCUCCUGGCCUACACCCUCACCUCACCUGGCCUAUGACCUCACCUCUCCUGCCUCAUCUCUCCUGGCCUACACCCUCACCUCUCCUGGGCUACACCCACACCCCACCUGGCCUACUCCCUCACCUCACCUGGCCUACACCCUCACCUCUCCUGGCCUACAGCCUCAUCUCGCCUGGCCUACACCCUCACCUCUCCUGGCCUACACCCUCACCUCUCCUGGCCUACAGCCUCACCUCACCUGGCCUACACCCUCACCUCUCCUUGGCUACACCCUCACCUCUCCUGCCCCACACCCUCACCCUACCUGGCCUACACCCUCACCUCUCCUGGCCUCGACCUCACCUCUCCUGGCCUACACCCUCACCUCACCUAGCCUACACCCUCACCCCACCUGGCCUACAACCUCACCUCUCCUGCCCUACACCCUCACCUCUCCUGGCGUACACUCUCACCUCUCCUGGCCUACAACCUCACCUCUCCUGGCUUACAGCCUCACCUCUCCUGACCUACAACCUCACCUCUCCUGGCCUACACCCUCAUCUCUCCUUGCGUACAACCUCACCUCUCCUGGCCUACACCCUCACCCCACCUGGCCUACAACCUCACCUCUCCUGCCCUACACCCUCACCUCUCCUGGCCUACACUCUCACCUCUUCUGGCCUACAACCUCACCUCUCCUGGCCUACAACCUCACCUCUCCUGUCUUACAGCCUCACCUCUCCUGGCCUACACCCUCACCUCUCCUGGCCUACACCCUCAUCUCACCUGGCCUACACUCUCACCUCUCCUGGCCUACAACCUCACCUCUCCUGUCUUACAGCCUCACCUCGCCUGGCCUACACCCUCACCUCUCCUGGCCUACACUCUCACCUCUCCUGGCCUACAACCUCACCUCUCCUGUCUUACAGCCUCACCUCUUCUCACCUACAACCUCACAUCUCCUGGCCUAUAACCUCACCUCACCUCUUCUGGCCUACAACCUCACAUCUCCUGGCCUACACCCUCACCUCUCCUGGCCUACUCCCUCACCUCUCCUGGCCUACACUCUCACCUCACCUGGCCUACACCCUCACCUCUCCUGGCCUACAGCCUCAUCUCGCCUGGCCUACACCCUCACCUCUCCUGGCCUACACCCUCACCUCUCCUGGCCUACAGCCUCACCUCACCUGGCCUACACCCUCACCUCUCCUUGGCUACACCCUCACCUCUCCUGCCCCACACCCUCACCCUACCUGGCCUACACCCUCACCUCUCCUGGCCUCGACCUCACCUCUCCUGGCCUACACCCUCACCUCACCUAGCCUACACCCUCACCCCACCUGGCCUACAACCUCACCUCUCCUGCCCUACACCCUCACCUCUCCUGGCGUACACUCUCACCUCUCCUGGCCUACAACCUCACCUCUCCUGGCUUACAGCCUCACCUCUCCUGACCUACAACCUCACCUCUCCUGGCCUACACCCUCAUCUCUCCUUGCGUACAACCUCACCUCUCCUGGCCUACACCCUCACCCCACCUGGCCUACAACCUCACCUCUCCUGCCCUACACCCUCACCUCUCCUGGCCUACACUCUCACCUCUUCUGGCCUACAACCUCACCUCUCCUGGCCUACAACCUCACCUCUCCUGUCUUACAGCCUCACCUCUCCUGGCCUACACCCUCACCUCUCCUGGCCUACACCCUCAUCUCACCUGGCCUACACUCUCACCUCUCCUGGCCUACAACCUCACCUCUCCUGUCUUACAGCCUCACCUCGCCUGGCCUACACCCUCACCUCUCCUGGCCUACACUCUCACCUCUCCUGGCCUACAACCUCACCUCUCCUGUCUUACAGCCUCACCUCUUCUCACCUACAACCUCACAUCUCCUGGCCUAUAACCUCACCUCACCUCUUCUGGCCUACAACCUCACAUCUCCUGGCCUACACCCUCACCUCUCCUGGCCUACUCCCUCACCUCUCCUGGCCUACACUCUCACCUCUCCUGGCCUACACCCUCACCUCUCCUGGGCUACACCCUUACUUCACCUGGCUUACAACCUCACCUCUUCUGGCCUACACCCGCACCUCACCUGGCCUACACCCUCACCUCACCUGGCCUACACCCUCACCUCUCCUGGCUUACACCCUCACCUCUCCUGGCCUACACCCUCACCUCUCCUGGGCUACACCCUUACCUCUCCUGGGCUACACCCUUACCUCUCCUCGCCUACACUCUCACCUCACAUAGCCUACACCCUCACCUCUCCUGGGCUACACCCUCACCUCUCCUGGCCUACACCCUCACCUCUCCUGGGCUACACCCUCACCUCUCCUGGCCUACACCCUCACCUCUCAUGGCCUACACCCUCACCUCUCAUGGCCAACAACCUCAUGUCUCCUGCCCUACACCCUCACCUCUCCUGGCUUACACCCUCACCUCUCCUGGCCUACACCCUCACCUCUCCUGGUUAA